AAAAAUUUCAUUAAUCUAUAUUUAUUAAGACAUUAAAAGAAAUAUUUAUGUUAUAAAAUAAAAACAUUUUUCUACAUUGAUUUCAUUUUAACUUAAGUUUACGUAGGUAUAUUUAAGUAAAAUCAAUUAAACAAAGUUUCCUUGUACUUGAACAAACAAAAUAUAAACACUUUGGUAGUGAAUCAAAUUGUAUACACAAACUUGUGGAUAAAGGUACGUAUGUAACUUCCUUCUGUUUACUCACGGUCGAAGCAUAAAAGACCUUGACACUAUGCACGAAAAUGAAAGCGAUGUGGCGAGUACAUCUAAAAAGAAAGUGGAUAAAAAUCAAUUGACAGACAACUUGGUGGUUUCUGUAGAUAAAAAGGCAGACAAAAGUGAUGGGGACGAAGCCAAGCCUCGUAUAGUUUUAACUUUUAGAUCUGAAAAGUCUGGUACUAAAAGCAGCAACAUGAAAAUAGUUUCGAACGAAGACAAACACGAGGAAUUCUCACCGAGGCGUUCGAGUCGGACGAGAGGUAAGUGGGAGUGGUCAGAGGAGAAUGACUCUAUUUCACCCAAGAAAGAUAAAAGUGUCAGUCAAUGUGUGUCUGAAAAUGAUGAGGCUUCUGAUAGUUCUCACACUACGCCUAAGCGGUCUACGAGGCGCCGUAGUAAAGAUUCCUCUGACAAUGUUCUAGCCACUGCUAUAGCAAGGAAAGAAAAGGCAUAUAUUGAAACAACAGGCCCCACACAAAGAUUGUCUCGUCGUAUAAAGCCUACUGCUAAAGUAUUGGAGAAUGAAGAGCUACGUAUUGGUGUUGAAUCUCAGAAUAAUGCUCGUCUCGGGUUGCAAUCUGAUAAACAGGAGGAAGGAGUUCGGACUAGACGAUCAGCUAAAUCCACAACCUCAGAAAGUGUACAGAAUAUUGAGAAGAGUUUAAAGAAGGAGAUUAGAAACAGUGAUAAAAGUAAAGUGAUGAAACUCAAGCAUUUGUGUGAGCUGGGCUUACAAGCAAUUGAUGUAGAACCAUCAGAGGAUGAACCUGAUGGUGAAAUCAGAGAGACAGAGGACAAUGAAGUAGAAGUGAUGGACGGGAAUGAGGAAGAGGAAAUUGAUGAUGAUGAGGAAGUUAUCAGUAAACUACUAGAAGCUGAUGAAGAUUCGGCAUCAGAAAGCAGUGAUGAAGAAUUUUAUUGUUCUGCUGAAGCAUCAGAAGCUGAACGACCUAGGCGCUCAAACCGAUUAAGUUCCACAUAUGGCAUGAAUGACAGUGAUUGCUCGUCGAUAGUGGCACACGGUGACGAUACGAAGGCUCCACCGCGACGUUCAUCGAGGCGGACCAAUAAAAAUUAUACCGACGAUGGUGAGAGGGAGUACAGACCUCGUCGGAAGAAAAACCGCGUAUCCCGUGGUGAGGAAGCAGCGUCGGAGGUCGAACAAGACGAGACUAGCAACCCGGCGGCCGGCGACGAAGGCUCGGAAGCCGCCUGUCCCGACGAAGAGUCGACAGUUGUGGCGACAUGUCUCUGUGAGAAACCGAGUAAUAUAUACGCGGCACCGGAGGAGCUCACUGAGCCGGUGUUCUGUCAGGCGAUUGAGAUGGUGGACGGCGUGCGCGUGGGCUGCUCGCACGCAGCGCGGCGCGGGGCGGACCGGCUGCGGCCGCUGAUGCGUGCCGGCCCGCGCGCGCCCUACGUGCUCACUUGUGCGCUGCACGCCGCCCAGCUGCGCCGCCACAUGUGCUGCCCCGCCUGCGGCCUUUUCUGCACGCAAGGACUCUUCUACCAGUGCUCGGAAGGCCACUUGUUCCACUUAGAAUGUGGACUGCCCACCAGCGAGUCUAAGCUGCUCAUCGGAUGUCCUCACUGCGGCGUGCUAUCCUACCGUUGGCAGCCCGUAAAUCGCGACUGCGUCAAAGUCCACGUGAAGAUGCACUGCAGCAACAAGAGGAUCUUCCUACCCGACCAAAGGGAGCAGUGUACUCCUGCGUAUCUCGGGUUUUCGACACGGGAGCAGGAACCGGUAGAGGUAGAACCACUCAUACCAGAAGACUUGCUUCCAUCUAACUUGAAGGACUUGAAACGUCUUUGUGAGAAGCCCGAAGGUACCGAUUACGAGGAGCUGCUGAGCGGUUCGCCUGCGCAGGUACUGUGUGACGCUAUAUCGGAGGGUGAGGCGGUCGAUCAACUCAUACCCAAAAUUGCGUCUGUCGCCGACGUGAACGAGAGGCUCGAGAGUAUGGAAGAUGGUACGUGUGCUCACACGGCUGCUCGGAGCGGGCGGGCGGCCGCGCUGGGUCUGCUGCGCGCCGCCGGUGCACAUCUGGACGCGGUAGACGGCUCCGGGCGAACGCCGCUUUUACUCGCUGUCCAUGAAUUGCUGGAUAAAACAGAGGAAAACACCAAAAAAUCUAAAAUUUCCAUUAAUGAAAACACAGAACAAGUAAAAUCGGAUGAAAGCAAAGAAGAGGUAGCGAACGAUACAAAAGAGGAAACAGAGACGGGGAACGACGAGAAGGAAACGGAGGAAAACAAACCGAGCGAGAAAGAUCUGUUGAAAGUUGUAAGAUACUUGGUUGGUGCGGGAUGCGACGUGAAUUUCCCGGGUCCGGAGGAGAUGACGGCGCUACACGUAUGUUGCUCGCGCGGCGGGCGGUGCGCGGAAGCGGUGGCGCGCGUGCUGCUGGCGGCUCCUGGGAUCAGUGUGGACGCUCGUGAUGCAGGGGGCUGGACGCCGCUGGUGUGGGCGGCCGAGCACGCGCACGCGCCGCUCGUGCGGCUGCUGCUGGAGGCGGGCGCGGACGCCGCCACCACCGACGCUGAGGGCAACGCCGCCGUGCACUGGUGCGCGCUGGGCGGCCACCAGGACGCGCUGCUGCGGCUGCUGUCGGCCGCGCCGCUCGCACUCGACGUUGGCAAUGCGCACGGCGACACGCCGCUACACGUCGCCUGCCGCCAGGGACACUACGCCUGCGUCGUUAUACUGCUCGCUCACGGUGCUAGGACAGACAUAGCGAACAGCGCCGGCGAGGUGGCGGCGACGGUGUGUGCGGACGACAAGUGCGAGGCGGCCGUCACGCUCGCGAUGCACAUGCGAGCCGCCGGACACGCGCCACCCGCGCGACUUCUCUCCAACGACAUUUCACGUGGUCGCGAGUACUACCCGGUGCCGUGCGUCAACGAAGUGGACGACGAGCCGCUGCCCGACGACUUCACAUACGUCACCAGUCACGUGAUGCCGGAGAACGUCCCCGUAGACUACUCCAUACCCACCAUGCAGGGCUGCCAGUGCGCGCAGGGCUCUGCCGCGGGCGGGUCGUGCUCGAGCGGUGCGUGUGCGUGCGUGGCGCUGGGCGUGCGGCGCUGGUACGACGCACGCGGCCGCCUGCCGUCCAACUUCCCAUACCACGACCCGCCCAUGCUGUUCGAGUGCAACCAGACCUGCGGCUGCGAUCUGAGGCUGUGCGGCAACAGCGUGGUCACGAGGCUAACGUCGCGUGGGUCCGUGGGCGUGCGCGUGCAGGUGUUCCGCACGGCGGCGGGUGUGGGUGGCGGCGCGCGCGGGUGGGGGCUGCGCGCGCGGCAGGCCGUGCCGCGGGGCGCGCCGGUGGCCGCCUACUGCGGGGAGCUGCUGCAGCUGCACGCCGCCGACACCAGAGCGGCAGACCACUACAUGUUCGCGCUCGACGUCAAGACAGACCUGCUCGAGCAAUGUUCAGAGAAGAGCGUCCUGUGCGUGGACGCGGCGCGGUUCGGGAGCGCGGCGCGGUUCAUGAACCACAGCUGUCGGCCCAACGUGGCGCCCGUCCGCGUGUACACACGCGCGCGCGACCUGCGCCUGCCCGCCGUCGCGCUCUUCGCCACGCGCGACAUUCGCCCGCACGACGAGCUCACGUUCGAUUACGGCGACAAAUUCUGGUCUGUUAAAUCCAAAUGGAUGAAAUGCGAGUGUGGCGCGCCGGACUGCAGGUAUCCUGAGAAGUCAGGUGAAGACAGCGAGACCUAAUAGAGCACUUCCAACAAGCCAUGUGUAAAUAAAUCGUAAUUUGAUAUUGCUACUAUUUAUUGCAAUAUAAUUAUUGAAAUAUAUAAUGAUCUCUAAUAGGUCUAUACAUAUACUAAUUAGC